GACGUGUUAAUAGUUUAAAAAUCCACAGUCCUCAUCACCGUGAAACAUGAUUAUCGCACUGCAGACGUUGGUAUUUUUUCGGGAGUCGCUGCUGUCUGUCGUAGACCGGCUACUGGGUCCAUAUUUUAACCGGUUCACUUUGACUUUUGCCCGACACAUUUCCGAGGAUGAAGAGGAGGAGGAGGAGGAGGUGUAUGCGGAAUUUGACGAUGAAAAGGGAGUGAUUUUUUAUCCGCCUGUGUAUGCACAGCGGUAUGCGGCAGUCACUGAUUGUCUUAUGGACGAACGCUGGUGCGGCAAGUUGGAGAAGGUGAUAGACCUCGGCUACCAUGACAUGAGUUUCAUAAAGUACUUGAAGGAUGUGCCAGGUGUGCACACUAUCCUUGGAGUGGAUAUUGAGACCAUCCCCCUGCGGUGCUCAUCCGAUUUGCUUGGAUGUGAGGAAUAUGCUCCAAUUAGAGAAAAUCCUUUGCAGGUGACAUUAUUUGAAGGUAACGCGGCAGAUCCGGACUACAGACUCAUUGGUUGUGAUGCAGUAAUUGCCAUUGAGAUGAUCGAACACAUGCUGCCUCACGAUCUUGACAGGCUAGUGCAUAAUGUUUUUGGCUUUGUCAAGCCCUGGGUAGCUGUCAUCACUACACCCAACGGUGACUUCAAUGUUCUGUUUAAGAAAUUGGAAAAGAAUGGACUGAGACGCCUGGACCACUUUUUUGAGUGGAGCCGAGAACAAUUUCACGAUUGGUGCAGCAACAUAGUGGUCCGCUACCCUCAGUUCACAGUGUCAUGCAAAGGAGUAGGCCCGGGCCCUGUAGGUACACAUCAUAUUGGCUGCUGUAGUCAACUUGCUCUCUUUGUCAACAAGGAUUACCACAAACAGCCAGACCUAAAUCUUAACAGCUUAGCUUUAGUUACAGAUAUUCCUACUCGUGAUAAUAUUGCAGAUAUGUAUGCAGGAUGGGAUACACCUAUACCUAAGACUGUUGAUAUGAUCCCACACGACAAAAUGGAAUCCCUGUCCGAUUUCCUAUCCUCAGACAAGAAGUCCUGUGUGACUAUUGUCAUUGCCUCUGCAAUUACGAUGGAUCGUUUAGUGUACUGUGACAAGAUGUCGCAGUGUAAUCUUGAUUCAGAGGUUGGGAAGAACUUUUUAAUGUUCAAUGACGAAGAUAUGUGUUGUAGCAUGCUCGCACCAAGGAGGAAGUUGGAGUUCAAAGUAUAUGAAAUAGAGGAUGUAAAUAGCAGACUAAACUGCACAACCUUUUCAGUCACAAAGUUUUCGAAGCAAACACAGAAUAUGAUGGCGAAACACAAAAUUGAUUCUCUAGUACAUACUAGGGAAGUGGUGAGCGAGAUUCAACACCUCACCAAGAUGUUGAACUUCCACGACAUGUCGACGUCUGACGAUAGCACGAGUAUUUGGUGCAACAUCAAUUGGGGAGAAAAUGCUCCAUAUUGGAAUCAGUAUUAUAAAAUUAUCAGGAAUUAUAACUAUCCAUUUGAGGCAAAAUCGGAAGAGUGUCGGAUCCUGGACCUGAUAUCUGAGGAGAUUAACCGGUUGAUUGACAUGGAAUACAGAGAUAAUGCAGCGAAAUACGCAGACAAGUUUGAAAUUCCCAUAGAAAUCCUUAUGAAUGCCGUAAAACAUAUCACAGAUGAUACUAUGAGAGUCAAAGAUUUGUUAGAAUGGAAUGGCUACGAAAUCCAGGGCAAUAUGGUGUUAUACUCACGGCUGGUGGUGGACCACACUUCGGUGACAACCGGGGAAGAGGAAUGGCCGGAGUUCGACACCGAGUCUGAUUACGAAACGACUGACGGCCGUUCCACUACGUUUUCCGACGGCAGUACUGUAACGCCUGAUUUUCACGGCCGCGGUCUCAGGCGGGCUUUGGACAAGAAAGUGCGCGGGCUUCGCGCAUUGUUAAGCGCGGACGAAGAUAUUUCCACAGAGCUGGAUCGCGUCGUUUGCCGUCUCAUGAAAUUAGCUUUAUUUACCUGUAAAGGUAAACAGACCCCGCCGCCGACAAAGUGGAUGCAGUGCAAGCUACUUGAUCUGCUCACACUCACAGAGAAGGCCAUUGCUAGGAGAAAGAGGCACUGUCUGGAGAAAUUUGCAUUUAAAGCUAUUGGAUUUGGUGAUAGUACAUGUCAAGAAGGAAAUGAGAGUUCAUUGGCUAUAGACAAGAUGAAAGAAGAUAAUGCAAAUGUAAAGAAGAUCGUCGCUAAAUAUAUUCACAUUCUUGAAUCUGACAAUAUUGAUGACUACAACACUUUUAAAUACAGAUACGAUGAUGACGUUUUGACUAGAGACAUUGCUAGUAACGCAACGAUAAAAGACUUUGAAUUUAGCGAUAUGAACUUUUCGCAAACUCUCGAUCACAAUUUCGAAUCCACGGAAAGGAUGUCGGAAGACGAUUCUAGCAAAAAUCGGGCAUGGAUAGAGAAAGAUAAUUUGGAAGUAGUGCCAUAUCAUGAGCAUAACUUACGUACUUUUAUAUCGCCGUUGGAUUACACAUAUAAUAGUGAGAUUAGGCAAUUCAAGAAGAUUAACAAAAUACCUAAUACUAGUUUGAGAAUACAAGAAGAUAAAAAGCCUUAUAGACGAUCUCACAGCGCCGAGACCAAGCAUGAGAAC